GAUACACUGUAAAUAAUUUCUAUCACGAAAAUAUACGCUGUCAGUCGAUCAAAUUUAAUUUUACUCAAUUCGUAACUCCGUAAUUAUGGCCGAGUUCUUUGCUAAGCACAAGAUUGUGCCUGAUGUGCUGCAAGUGGCACCGAUAGAGCUGCUCAAGGUCACCUAUGCGGGCGGCGUGGAGGCAAACAGUGGCAACGAGCUGACGCCCACUCAGGUGAAGGCAGCGCCACAGCUCGAGUGGCCCACGGAGCCAGAUGCCCUGUAUACUGUCUUGCUCACGGAUCCGGAUGCGCCUAGUCGCAAGGAGCCCAAGUUUCGCGAAUGGCAUCACUGGCUGGUUGUCAAUGUGCCCGGCAAUCAAAUCGAGAAAGGUGAAGUGCUCAGUGCCUAUGUGGGUUCAGGGCCGCCGCAGGGCACAGGUCUACAUCGGUAUGUGUUCCUGGUCUUCAAGCAGCCGAAAAAGCUGUCCUGCAACGAGCCUCGCAUUCCAAAAACAAGCGGUGAUAAGCGCGGUAAAUUCAAUACGUCUAAAUUCGCGUCCAAAUACCAGCUGGGUAAUCCAGUUGCCGGCAACUUCUACCAGGCACAGUGGGACGAAUAUGUGCCCAAGUUGUACAAACAACUGUCGGGCAAAUGAUAAGAAUUAUUAUACUAAAUUGGCGAGUACACACGAUUAAUGUUGAUAACCAAUUGGCGUGCAUUGUUGAAAAUGAAA